GCUAUCCAUCUACAGAGAAAACCACAUGACCCCACCAAUGAGGAUGGAGGAGGACCAGGAGUCACAUGACUGAGAAGAUACUAAACCUCACCCUGGAGAUCAUCUACCUGCUGACCGGAGAGAGAUUUCCUUUCUGAAGUCAGGUGAUCAUAUGACCAUCACAGUGCCUCCAUGUGACUCCCUAAACCCUGAGAGACACAACAUGCAGAAGAUUCUAGAAGUCACCAAGAAGAUGAUGGAGCUGCUGACAGGAGAGGAGUGGGAGUAUUUAGAAGGACACAAGGAUCUCUACAAGGACGUCAUGAUGGACAAUCAGCCGCCCCUCACAUCACCGGAUGGAUCCAGUCAUGGGAACCCACCAGAGAGAUGUCCCCGUCCUCUGUAUUCCCGGGAUUCCACACAGGAAGGUCACACCAUCCCUCACCAUCAUCAGAGUGGAAACCUGAGAGAUCCUAAAGCUGAGGUUAAAGAAGAGAUAAAAGAGGAGGAGGAGGAGGAUGGGGGGAUGGAGGAGUCAGAGCUUCUAAAAGAACAAAAAGAUCUGUACCAGGACAUCAUGGUGGAGUCAUCCAGCUACAGGAACCCACCAGAGAGAUGUCCCCGUCCUCUGUAUUCCCGGUAUUCCACACAGGAAGGUCACACCAUCCCUCACCAUUGCAAGAGUGGAGAUCCAAUCGAUAUAGAAUUUGAGGUGAAAGCAGAAGAAGAAGAGGCGUAUGUGAGGGAUGAUCAGCAGUCUAUGGAGGAGGAUGGAAUAACGGGGACAUUUAUAGAGGAGGACACUCCUACAGAGAUCAGCACAGUCCAUGGCCGGGAGAUGAGGAAAACCUCCGAGGAUUGUCUCACUUUGUCUCCAGACUGGAAAGUAGAAGAUGAGGACAUCACACAGUAUAGUCCAGGAGAAAACCCGGCUCCAUCCAAUGUCCAU